ACCUAGAAUAAACUUCUAUGUUAAUAGCGGAUAGCACUAGUGCAUACCACCGGAGGGAACUUUUUAUUUAAUAUGUCACUAUAUUGACUGCUGCCGUACGUAUCGGCGUACAGUUUUCUAAUGGAGGAGCUCAACAGUUAAGUUAAGUUUUAAAAAUAGUUUAUUAAGCUAAUCAGCUAAGUUUAAGUUCAGUUGCUAAACACAAAUUGUUUGAGCGGUUUCAUAAAAUUUUCUAACAGAUUUGUAUUAAUAUGAAACAUUUUUGUUUUAAUGCUGGCUGUGGCUGGGUAUUGAGGGCAGAUUAAGGCCGUGGCGGCCUCUGCAGAACGCCUCUGCAUUUAGCCUGCUACUACGGCCACGAGCGAGUAGUCAGCUUAUUGUUGGCGCUCAAGUGGAGCGUCAAUUCUCGAGACAUGCUUCGAAUGACGCCGCUUCAUUGGGCCGUGGAGAAGAAGCACAAAACCAUUGUGCGAAUGUUACUAAAAUGCCAGGCGGAUGUGUCGCUAGUUUCGAAAUUCGGCAAGACCCCAAUUGCAUUGGCCGUGUACACUGAACAGGCGGAUGUGUUGGCGGAACUGGAGGCGGCGCGGCAGGCCCAGGCCAGUCGAAAGUUUAACGAGGAAACGGAGCGGCAGACGCAUAAAAGCAGAAAGGAAACCAGUGAGGUGGUCAAUUCAAUAAUGAACGAGCCCGGGGACACCAAAAGGAAUGACGAUACAGAAAUGUCAGUCGAAGAAAGAAUGGAUGUCCUGGAAAACCUCCGCGGCCACACUAACGUGUUGGGCAACUCCGCGUUGAAUAUGCUCAAGACCCACGGCAUUGCAGACAUGAUGCAGGAGAACGACGACGACGCCUCCAAGGAAAUGUUGAAUACGGCAUUGCAAAACGGUCGACAGCUCGUGCUCUCCGAAGGAGGCCGUAUGCUGUUGCACGAAACAAAGUCGAGCAUAAACAUCAAGCAAUAUGUGAAUGGAAGUGCCAGCAAAAGCCCAAAUGCGGGUCUUCGUCUCACCCCCAAUAACUCGCCCCCUCAGAAGAUUCGGAUGAAUGUCAUCAAGCAAAAGGAGCCAGCGUCGUCCAAUCCGCAUGGGGUGUCCAAGAACAAGAACAUACGCAUAAUCUCGUUGACUGAUUUUAAGAAACUUGGCGGGACGGACAAUCAGCCAAAGUCCUUACAAAAAAUACCCGCAUCAUUGGCAAGCUCUGGAAUGGUACGUCAGCUCCCCGAUGGCACCAAAGUGGUGAACAUGCGUCAGCUUCAGUCUCGUCAGCUGAAACUUCCAUCCGUUCAGAGAACCCUGGAACCCAGCAUGCUGGAUGAGCAGCAGCAUCUGCUGAAAGACGUUAUUUCCCCAUCGUCCCAGCAGGCCCCCGCGGCGAAUCCCGCUACGGCGAGCACGCUGAGGGGCCAAGUGGGCACCGUGCAGAUAAUACAGCUGCGUCCAUCCCCAGCAGCUGGAGCUGCCCUCGGGACAACAAGCAACGGAGUUGCCAGCAAGGCUGUGGGCAACGUAGCAAAGCUCGGCGCAAAGGGCGCUAAUGUAAUGCCGCUGCUGACUUCUUCUGAAAUUUGUCGGGAACUGCACGAGCUUCGACGGCAGAACGAGGAAUUGCGCCGGCGGGUGGAUUCCUUUCACCGAGAAAAGGAGCAAAUGGUGAAGCGCAUUGACCGCUUGGAGCAUCUUGUGUUAAUUCGCGAGGCAGAAAUCGAUUAUUUAGGCGACUUGUAGUUAGGACCUAGAAUAAACUUCUAUGUUAAUAGCGGAUAGCACUAGUGCAUACCACCGGAGGGAACUUUUUAUUUAAUAUGUCACUAUAUUGACUGCUGCCGUACGUAUCGGCGUACAGUUUUCUAAUGGAGGAGCUCAACAGCUAAGUUACGUUUUAAAAAUAGUUUAUUAAGCUAAUCAGCUAAGUUUAAGUUCAGUUGCUAAACACAAAUUGUUUGAGCGGUUUCAUAAAAUUUUCUAACAGAUUUGUAUUAAUAUGAAA